CAACCGGAUGUGAAAAACAGACACAGUUCUCUCACUGCUGCGAGUGUGCGAGUGUGAGAUACUUAUACAAAUACUUUAAGACCAUUGUGACUUGAUUUGAAAAUGAGUAGUUCUGAAGAGGUCUCCUGGAUUUCCUGGUUCUGUGGGCUGCGAGGAAAUGAAUUUUUUUGUGAAGUUGAUGAAGACUACAUACAAGACAAAUUCAACUUGACUGGAUUGAAUGAGCAGGUGCCCCAUUACAGACAAGCCUUGGACAUGAUUUUAGACCUAGAACCAGAUGAUGAACUUGAAGACAACCCCAAUCAAAGUGAUCUCAUAGAGCAGGCUGCUGAGAUGUUGUAUGGUCUGAUACACGCCCGAUACAUCAUGACCAAUAGGGGCAUAGCACAGAUGAUUGAAAAAUGGCAACAAGGCGAUUUUGGAUAUUGUCCUCGAGUUUACUGUGAAAAUCAAGCAAUGUUACCUAUAGGACUUUCCGAUGUACCUGGAGAGGCAAUGGUUAAGCUCUACUGUCCAAAGUGUCAGGAUGUAUACACACCCAAGUCCUCCCGACAUCAUCAUACAGACGGAUCCUAUUUUGGCACAGGUUUCCCUCACAUGCUAUUCAUGGUUCACCCAGAGUACAGACCAAAACGGCCUGCCAACCAGUUUGUCCCAAGACUUUACGGAUUCAAGAUUCAUCCUUUGGCCUACAACCUACAGAACCAAGCAGCUGCCAACUUCAAGGUGCCAAUGCGAGGGCUUGGACAUAACAAUAGUAAACGCUGACUCAUGUAACCAAAGGAAACCUGCAUUAUAAUAAGGACAAUAUUUAUAAAGUAACCUCAUGCCUUCUUAUAGGGAAGGGGUUAUAUAGCUAACAAAUGUUGACUCGCAUAACAAUUUAGACUCUUGCUACAAUGAGUAAAUGACAAGUAUUUGUAGAUCCUUGUCCUGAGAUAGUGAUACUUAUGGAAAUGUUUUAAAGAUAAGUAAGAUAUUGUAUAAUCAUCUUUAUAUAAGAUUAUCAUGUUGUCCGCCGUGAACAGUUCCUGAUAUGAUAAGAAAACGAAACUUUUCUUUUUUUCAGAGUCUGUAAAAUACUAUUUUUUAUUUGGGCUAUAUUCUCAUUAUUUUGUGGGCUCUUUGUUUCUAAGAUAAAUGGUACUCGGGGGAAGUACACUGAUACUAAAAAUCCACGUCAUAUCUUCAUUUAAGCAUGUCACAUGCUUGAAGUCAUGGAUUAAGAAUACUCGAAAUAAUCAACCCGAAAGGAAAGUGAUCAUUGUACAGCACCGGGAAUGAUUUCUUAGACUGUAUCUGAUGACAGAUGUGAUGAUGGAUAAACAUUUAUUGAAAUUUGAAAAUUGACUCAAGGAGUGAGUAUUUCUCAAGGGCUUUCAGAUAACAGUCCAUAGACCUUCUCUAAAUGUGUUGGUGAUAUUUGUCUGAAAUAAUACAUCCUCUUUGUGAUUAUCAUGGCCAAGGCUAAAUGAUUGUUGUGGCUGAAAUAGUUAUCACAAAAAUAUGAAUUUAGAUGGAUUUCAUAUCUUCUGUAUAGCUUCUUUUUGUAAAUAUUGAUUUCCAUUGGAUUUUAUUGAAACCUAAAACAAUAUUUGUAAUCAUGGUGUGUAGUGAUGGAUGACAGCUAAUUUAAAUGUAUAAAUUUCCGUAUCUGUAUGUAUGGAGCGUCUCUUCUCAGUUUUGAAAACCAUAAUUUCGAAAGCUGAUGUAGCCUCAUUGUAGCAGAAAUACCAGGCAUUUGUAAACUGUAUUUCAGCUUGUGGUCAGUAUGUCGAACGAACACCAUGGCAACCAAGUAGCAUAUAGUAAGAUGUAUGAUAGUUAUCAUAUAGUUUGUGACAUUUAUUCUGAUGGAAAUGUUAUUACAGUAAUUGUGUUAUAUAUUGGAUUUCACAUCUUGAUUGUGUAAAUUACUGUAUCUUAAGAAGCUUUUGAUAUCUAUUUAGCUAAAGCAGCUGAAAAUAAACUGUUAUACAGUGUAACAAUAUGGCCAUCUCAAGUUUAUACCAACAAAAAUGAUAAAUUCAACACUACUGAAGAAACUUCAUAUUUUUCAUGGAAAUGAGAUAAAAACAAAAAAAGUAGAAACUUAAUUAAAAAAAAAAAAUUGAGAAACAUAAAUCAGUGGUGGGUAUUUCUCUGUCAUAUCAUCAGCAUUUCACUUUUUAUGGGAUCGAUAAUGAAGGAGUUUUCUUUGGGUAAAUUAAAUGAUAUCCUGAGAGUGCUUGCAGCAGGUCUAUUCUUAGGUACCAAAUUUCCCACUGCCAGUUGUAGAGUUAUCAUUCAUACAAGUACUGAUGUUUCCCAGGGAGGACAGAUUCGUUGUAAUAAUUUUUGUGUAGAUGUGCUAUAACAAGUGCUGGAUAUAAAAUCUAGUGUCUGUAGAAACAGGUAAUAAAAGUCUGUUUCAUUUUAUAAGAAAAAAA